AUGAGCCUCAACAGUGCCAGGCCUGUAUGGAAGAUAGAGCAGAUGCCAACGCCGCGCGUAAUGAGCGACACUGUGAUCCUCCCUAAUGGAGAGAUUCGAUCUCUCUCCGACCUUGUUAAUGGCAUGAAAAAAGGAAGCUCUGGUUGGGGCUUAGGCAAAGAUCCCAAUCUCUCUCCGACCUUGUACAUGCCUAGCAAACCUUUAGGCCAACGUUUCAAACUGCUCGCUGCUUCCACUAUUCCCCGUGUGUACCACGCCAUCGCCAUCGCUCUACCUGACGGUAAAGUUCUCAUCGGCGGCAGCAACACUAACGACGGUUACAAGUACAACGUUGAAUACCCAACGGAGCUUCGCAUUGAGAAAUUCUCACCGCCUUAUCUUGACCCGGCUCUUGCCAACAUGAGACCAAAGAUUGUGAACACCGCUACACCGAAACAGAUCAGGUUGCUUUUGUUGGGUAUUUUUGAAGUCAAGAAGGAGGUUGGUGAUUUUCAUCAGAUUCAAGCUGUUGCUCCUCCAAGUGGAAACGUUGCUCCUCCUGCUUAUUAUCUUCUCUUUGCUGUCUACAAUGGUGUCCCAAGCAUUGGAGAAUGGAUUCAGAUUGUUUGA